GGGUGUCUUUGAAGAAUCUCGAACCUUAACGUUUGAAUAUCUAAAUUACUCCUCUAUAUCAAAAGAGCAGCCACUCGCCACCAAUUGACGAUCUCAUAACCCGCAUCCCAUAACCAUAGAAUUUAACUGCUUACCAACUAAAAUAAAUACUCUGUAUAAAACUCUUUUUACAAUCAACAUAAUUACCAUUACAUUAUCAUUUUACAGGUACUUUCAUCAUUUUAGACUUUCAUACAUCGAAUCGUUUAUUUAUUUUUGACCCAUAUCAACUAAUCAUAUUUCUCCCCAUCAGCACGUCCUCUUCCAUUUUAAGCCAGCUCUCCCGCAAACUCUCUCAAGCUUGACAACUAGUUAAAAUAUUAUAAACCCCAAACUCGAAGAAUUUGCAAGCCCGUUACGCUUGGCUUUGCAUUUACUACCAAAUAAUUCCCAUUCGAAAGGUUUUAACUUCCUGGUCCGUCUAAGGCUACACAAGGAUUCAUUUAUUUACCGAGUCGUUUCCUUUACUGUUUCUGUUCGAUUAUCUUUCAUCUUAUUCAUCCACGAGCACGCAAUACAUUGGUGGCGCACCAUUACUGCAUGCUACCUUCUGGAUCACGUCUUACCCUUUUGAGUAUCUCCAGAACAAAAGCCUUUUUUUCUACAAUUAAAAGCUACAUUAUUUACUCAAACUCUCGUACUUCAUCUCAGUAGUUUCCAUGUCAGACUACACUACUUUUUAUUGAAUACUCUUUUCGGAUUGUCCGACACAAAGGUCAUCUGAUCCUGACCCACGGUCUCUGAGCAGACACGGCUAUAUCAGCCCUGCAUCCGCUCACAAAAGUUAUAUAUCUUGGAUAGCCAUCUGGGAGUAACUUGCAGAUCACCCUGUCAUAUCUGGCAGUCGUCUAUUUACACUCUGUAUUUGUGGAAUAGUCUUUUUCUUGUCCAGUUGAUUUUUCGGUAUCUUAGGUUUCACGGCAGAGAAAUUCUCUAGCGAUGGCUGCUACCAAAGUUGGCCAUGGGCUGGCUAAAGUCCUCGGUAUAAAACUCAACUAUCGCGAUGAACUCAACAGUCAAGAAAUUCUUCGGGGAGAGUCAGUCUUUUCUAUCCAAACAGCCGACACAUUCGUAGAGGAAGAACCACGGAGUAUAGAAUGGAUCCAGGAUACACUACCAGGUCGACAUGAACUCGCCGCCUACUUCCGAUCAUUAUUCCCAUUCUUAAGUUGGAUCGGUAGCUACAAUGUGCAAUGGUUGUUUGGAGAUUUGGUAGCUGGUGGGUAAUGUCAAAUACUCCUUGGCGGACAUGGUCAUUAAUAUCAAUCAGGUAUCACAAUCGGUGCUGUCGUCGUACCUCAAGGUAUGGCCUAUGCUACUCUCGCCGAGCUUGAGCCUCAAUUCGGUCUUUACUCUUCCUUCAUGGGAGUUCUCGUCUACUGGUUCUUCGCCACAUCCAAGGAUAUCACCAUCGGACCUGUUGCUGUCAUGUCAACUCUUGUCGGUCAAAUUCUAGUAAAAGCAGCUGCCACUCAUCCGCACGUUCCUGGUCAUAUUAUUGCAUCUUGUAUGGCGGUAAUUGCUGGUUGCAUCAUCGCUUUCAUUGGACUCAUUCGAUGUGGUUGGAUUGUCGAUUUGAUUUCCCUCGUCUCAAUUUCGGCAUUUAUGACUGGUUCCGCUAUCAACAUUGCCGUUGGACAAGUCCCGACGUUGAUGGGUAUUAAAGGCUUCAACACUCGAGCAUCAACUUACAAGGUCUUCAUCAACACGUUGAAGCAUCUUCCAGACACAAAACUCGAUGCGGCCAUUGGGCUUACAGCUCUUUUCCUGUUAUAUGCUCUUAGAGCUGUAAGCCACUACAAUCUACACCCACCUGUAUCACUGCUAAUUAUCAUCUCUAGGCUUGUAAUUAUGGAGCCAAGAAAUUCCCAAGCCGCAAGAGAGCAUUUUUCUUCGCAGCAACCCUCCGAACCGUAUUUGUUAUCCUGUUAUAUACGUUGAUCAGUUGGCUCGUCAAUAGACAUCAUCGAAAGAAGCCAUUGUUCAAGGUUGUCGGUACCGUUCCGCGAGGAUUCAAAAACGCCGCCGUGCCAGAAGUCAACUCUUCGAUUAUCAACAUCUUUAUAGGUGAUUUACCUGCCACUGUCAUUGUUCUCCUCAUCGAACACAUCGCAAUCUCUAAAUCAUUCGGACGUGUCAAUAACUAUAUCAUCAACCCAUCCCAGGAGAUGGUAGCUAUUGGAGUCACAAACAUUCUUGGCGCUUUCCUUGGUGGUUACCCAGCUACCGGUUCUUUCUCCCGUACAGCUAUCAAAUCGAAGGCUGGUGUUCGAACUCCGUUCGCUGGUGUCAUAACUGCCGUCGUCGUUCUUCUAGCUAUCUAUGCUCUCACGGCCGUCUUUUUCUACAUUCCAAGUGCAGCUUUAUCUGCAGUCAUCAUUCACGCUGUGGGAGAUCUGAUCACACCUCCGAAUACAGUUUAUCAAUUUUGGCGUGUUUCCCCUAUCGAGGUUCUUAUUUUCUUCGCAGGUGUCAUUGUUACUAUUUUCAGCACAAUUGAGAUUGGUAUCUACGUAACUAUCUCGGUUUCUUUUGCAGUUCUCAUUUUCCGAGUUAUUAAGGCCAGAGGUCGUUUCUUGGGUAAAGUUAAGAUCUUUUCCGUUGGAGGCGAGACUGCCGAAUAUAGACCGGCACCCGUGGUUGACCAUGGCACUUUCCCAAAAUCUGAGGCCACUCACUUUGAAGACUCCGGAUCUCGAACCGUCUUCCUCCCUUUCGAUCACGGUGACGGAAGUAAUCCAGAGGUUGAUGUUCAAACUCCCUAUCCCGGUAUCUUCAUCUAUCGGUUCUCGGAAGGAUUUAAUUAUCCAAACGCAAAUCACUAUCUCGAUCAUCUUACCAACACAAUCUUCGCAACCACCCGCCGAACUAACCCUAACCAUUAUGCCCGUCCCGGUGAUCGCCCAUGGAAUGACCCUGGUCCACGUCGAGGAAAAGCUCCUGAAGAUCACAGUGAUCGCCCCACCCUCAAAGCCAUAAUCCUUGAUUUCAGCUCCGUCAACAAUGUCGAUAUCACCUCCAUCCAACAACUCAUAGAUGUUCGCAACCAACUCGACACUUAUGCAUCUCCUUCAGUUGUAGACUGGCAUUUCACAUCUAUCAACAACCGCUGGACUAAGCGUGCUCUGGUUGCCGCUGGGUUUGGAUAUCCAACUCCUGAGGAAGAAGGAUCGCACCGCUGGAAGCCCCUUUUUUCAGUUGCGGAAAUGGGAGGAGAAGAUAGUGCGGCGGCAGCAGCAGAAGCCGAGUCGAAUGAGAAAGAAAUCCGGGAACAGAGGCGCGAAAGAGAAUUAAAAGCAAAUGAAGACAAGAUUAGUGGGGAUAGUGAAAGUGGAAGUAGAUUGAGCGGCAGUGAUUUGAAGGAUGUGUCGAAGAAUGUUUCGAGAUUGAGAACGGCUGUUGUUAACGGUCUCAAUAGACCAUUAUUUCAUAUUGAUCUCACGAGUGCGUUCCAGAGCGCAGUUGCGAACGUCAAGGCAAGAGAGGCGUUUGAAGAGCGAGGAGGUAGAGAUACUGGGAUUGUGGCUUAGAUUUUAGGCUAGACUGGGGGUGUUCUUGAUGUUUUAUUUAGAUAAUUUUUUGGUCGUUUUGAUACCACGAUUGCUUGGAUAUGAUGAUAUAUGGGUGGCAGGAUGUUGAAUGAUUGGACGGGCUGUUAGAAUGGCCACGGACCAGAUUUGGAUUCACGUCCUUGAUUAAUAUAUGAAGUUUUGAUAUUAUGUAUAUAAAUUAUACGUACAUAUACAUAUUUGAAUAUCGUACCGUGAUCUAGGAGUCUCACUCAGGAUUGUGAACUUGUGAUGUAUA